AUGAGUCAAUCCCAUAUUUUCCUUAUUAAAUCAAUACAAGAAAUAUGCCAAUGUGUUCAAAAGAAACAAAGUAAAUUGUUGGAAUUAUGUGGAAUAUUAAAACAUCAAAUUAAAUCAAAUAGUUAUGGUGAUGAGUUAAUGAGCGGUAAACAAGAUUUAAUUUCACCAAUUCUUGAAAUUAUAGAAGAAUCCUUUAAUGCUAAAAAUUUACAAAUGUGUUGUAAAGCCAUUGAUUUAAUUGAUAAAUUAUUAUUAUAUCAAGCUAUUAAACAUGUAGAAAUUACAUAUAAAAAUCAAUCAGUUGAUAUAUUAGUUGUAUUAAUUAAUAUGCUUUCAUCAAUGUUUAAAUAUAAUGGAAAUAUAACUAAUUUAUAUGUAGCUAAAUGUUUAACAACUAUUGUUGAUAAAUUCUCUUCAACACUAAACACUCCAUUUAUUAUUGAAAUAUUUAAAAUUAUUUAUGAUAUGUACAUUAUUACUCCAUCUCUCGAUACAAAUAAUGGAGCUUAUCAAAUGUGUAUUGGUAGACUUGUUGAUAUUAUUCUUUCUAAAAUGGGUCAAAAAAGUAAGGUUAAUGGAGAAUUAUUAAAAGGAAAUAUUCAACAAGGAAUUUCUUUAUUUACUUGUUUAUGUCAAUACGCAACAACAAAUUGGAGUGAACGUACAUUAAAUAUAAAUGCAUAUAAUCAAUUUAUUCAAUCAAUUACACAUGAAGCAAAAUCACAAUUAAAUCAGAAAUCAAGACAAUCAAUAUUUAUGCUUCUUCAAUCUUAUUUAGAAAAAUAUCCAGAAAGCCUUAUUUCAUUUGAAUUUAUUACAAGUAAAUUUGUUGCUGAUCUUACUGAUGUUAUUCUUUCAAAUGCAACUGAAUAUACUAAACAAAUUACUUUAUCAACAAUUAAUUUACUUAAAAUUAGUAUCAUUCGAUUUAGAAAAUUCAUGAGAAUUAAUUUAGGAUUAAUGUUCACAAAAGUUAUUAAUCAAAUAUUAGGUUCUAAAGUCAUUGAGCGUCAAAGAAUAGUAUUAGAAUUAUUAAAAGAAGUUUUAAAGACAGAUGGUUUUUGUAUUGAGUUAUUUGUUAAUUAUGAUUGUGAUGAAAGUAGUCCAAAUGUAUUUGAAGAUAUGACAAAUGGAGUAGUUUUAGCAUUGAAAGUCCCUUCAUUAAGUUCACUCGCUCUUGAUGUUCUUUAUAUUAUUUAUGUUACGUUAGUUAACUCUACAGAAAAAUGGGAAGAAAAUCUUCAUUCAUUAAUAAAAGAAGAGGAUUCAGUCAUCCCACUUUCUAGCAUUGACAUUGUUCAACUCAAAGAAAAGAAAAAAAUAAUUUCUGAUGGAUUAUCUCUUUUCGAGAAAUCACCAAAGAAAGGAGUAGAAUUCUUUAUUGAAAAAGAAUUAUGUACUUCAUCUGCUGAAAGUAUUGUUCAUUUUCUUCAUCAUCUUAAUGGAUUAAACAGAAAAGCUUUUGGAGAAUAUCUUGGAGGAGCUGGUGAGUUAAAUAAAGAAUGUCUAACUGAAUUAUUAAAGAUGAUUGAUAUGAAAGCUAUUGAAAUCGAUGAUGCUUUACGAUUAAUGUUUGAUACCUUUGUUAUGGGAGGUGAAGGACAAGUUGUUGAACGAGUUAUUGGUGCAUUUUCAGCACGAUAUUGCGAAUGUAAUCCAACUGGAUAUGGUGGAAUAACUCAAGAUGAAUUAUAUCAAUUAGCAAUGUCUAUUAUUUGUUUAGCAACAGAAACACAUAAUCCUAGUGCAAAGAUUAAAGCAUUUGAUACUUUCGAAAAGUUCAAAGAUGUUGUCACAAGUGAAAAAGGAUUUAAUAUUAAAAUGGAUGACAAGCCAUUAAAAGGUAUUUUUGAACGUGUUGUAGCAACACCAUUUGCUAUUGUACAAAAAGAUGACUCUUCCAAGAAGACAUUCUUAUUACAAGAUCAAGGUAAAUAUCAAACAGAAAAAUCUCACGAAGUAGUAAGAGAGAUUCAUAUUUUUAUUUAUAAAAAUUUAUGUAAAGAAGUUAUGGAAUAUUGUUUUGUUAAUAAUGACAAUCAAAUAAUGACAAAAGGAGUUAUGAUAUUACAAUCAGCUGUUCAUUUAAGUUCAAUUUUCUUCCUUGAAGAAGCACUAGAAUAUCUUAUUCAAAUAAUGAGAUCAUUAGCAUGUAUUGACCAACCUCAAUUUAUUGAAGAACGACAUCUCAUGGUAAUUAGAGGAUUAUUAAGCAUUCCUCAUAACGAUGGAGAAUUUUUAUUAGUUGGGUGGACACCAUUCUUAAGAUGUUUAUUUGAAAUAGAACGUUUAAGACAAAUUGCUUCUGGUUGGGGAGAACAACCAAUUAGUGUUGAUCAAAUUCAAGGACCAUUCUCAUUCCCUAUAGAAUAUGAAUUUGGUAAACGUUCACAACAUGAAACUCUUCACCCAUCAACAGUCAUUACUGAAAUUGAAAUAUCUGAAAUAAAUGAAGUAUUUUAUGAAAGUGGUUCUCUUGGACAUCGUGCAGCAAAAGCGUUCUUUAGAUCAUUAUGUGAAAUUAUUUUAGAACAGAUAGACCAAAGAUCUCCUGGGUUAUUUGCGUUUCAAGCUCUUGUUGUUGCUGCUUCUAGCAAUAAACAACGAAGUGAAAAUCAUUGGGCACCAUUUUGGGAUUCUUUAAAUUCAUUAUUUAAAAAAUGUUGUAUGCACCCAAAUGAUAUUGUUUCAAUGGGAGCAAUUGACUGUCUGAGGCAAUUAAUUACAAUGUUUGGUGAUAUGAAAGAAGAAAGUUGUCAAAAUCAAGAAAGAGCACUUGAGCCAUUUGUUCGUGUUAUAGCAGAUCAUCCAAAAAUACCAGUAAAAGAGUUGGUCAUGGAAUGUUUAAAAAGAUUAAUAGGAAAUGUUAAUUGGGUAAAUAAUAUCAAAUCCGGAUGGAAGGUAUUAAUUCAAUGUGUACGAUUUGCAGCUGAAUAUGAAGAAACUAAGUUGAAUGGAUUUGAAUUACUGAAAUAUUUUUAUCAAUACCAUAAAGAAGAAUUGAUGAAAGAAUAUGUGUUAUUUGUUAAUUCAUUAAUCGCUUAUCAAAAAAAUGGUACUGGAAAUGGUGAAGAGUAUAAUUCAUCUAUUAUUAAAAUAGUUAGUGAAACUCUUGAAGAUUCAUUUGAUAUUCCUCUUAGAACUGAACUUAUUAAAAGAGUAAAUGAAGAAAAAGAACAAGAGACUCAUUUAAAACCAAUGUAUGUUGAAGAAUUAACACGUUCUACUGAACAAUAUUUGUUAAAAUAUUUACCACUAUACACAUCUCUUGCUGCUAGUGGUACUGGAAAAUAUCCAAGUAUUGCUGAAUAUGCUAUUACUACAAUGAAAAAUUUAUUACUUAAAAUGCCUAUUGAAUUAAGAGAUAUUAUUUUUUACAGAUCAUUAUAUCGUUGUUUAAAUACAGACUUACCAUCAAACUCACCAAAAGUAUUAAAUGUAUUAUAUGAUUGUUGUUUAGAAUUACCACUAAAUUUAAUUAUUCCAGUUCUUUACUUUGCUUUCAACAAUAUGUUGAAUCAUGAGAAAGUAUGGGACCAAACACUUAAUUUCUUAAAGAAGUUUAUUUUACAUGAAAAAUUUGAUGAAGUUUAUGACCAAUAUCUUCAGAUUCAAUCAACUUAUUUCGAUAGUGUAGUUAAUGCUAUAAAAGGAAUUACUUCUGCUUCUAUAACUAAAACACAACGUCCUAAACCAGGUAAGAGAUGUGAGUGUUGUAAGUGUCAUAAAGAUGGUAUUACAGCAUUUAUGUUAAGAUGUCCAGGAUGUUUACAAAUGUAUUAUUGUGAAGGAUGCAACGAAAAUGAACAUACACUUCAAUGUAUUAGAAAAUGGAAAUCAUGGAAGAUCACUGAACUUGGACUUACUUCUGUGUCAUGUAAAGGUUUAAACCAAUACAUUACUAUUAUAAAAGGAUUAAAAGAUGAUGCUAAAAUGUUGAAACAAUAUGAACAACAAAGAAAAGCAUUAUUUACAGCUAUAGAACAAUUACCAUUAGAAAUUAUUACUGAAUAUUAUGAAAACAUUAUGACUAUUACAUUUGAUAGUCAUAUCACAACUGUAGAUCAAUUGCAUGAUCUAGACAUACAAUAUCUAAUUGAAGAAAUCAAUAAAAUGAUUAAGUACUAUAAUGAGAAUGGAUUUACCAUGUGUAAUUCUAAACAACUCAUUAUCCAUUCAUUGGAACAAAUUAUGGUAUUGUCUGAUAAACAUUUCUUAGAAAUAAUAAAAGGAGUUCAAUCAGAAUUAGUACAAUUAAUUGCAUCAGAUGAUAGUGAUGUUCGUAAGUGUAUUAUCAAAAUAAUACAAAGAAUACAAACACUAGUUUUAAUUCCCUGA